AUGAAGCUGGUCCCCGUCGCCCUCCUGUGCUUAAGCUCGCUCGCCUUCCUGGGCGCAGACGCCGCCCGGCUCGACGUGGCCUCGGAGUUCCAAAAGAAGUGGAAUAAAUGGGCGCUAAGUGGUGGGAAGAGAGAACUUCGGGUGUCUAGCAGCUACCCCACGGGGCUCGCCGACGUGAAGGCCGGGCCUGCGCAGACCAUCGUUCAGCCUCAGGACGUGAAGGGUCCCUCUCGCAGCUCCCAGACCAGGUGA